UAUUUUGGUGUCAAAUCGUAUAUUAAAAUGCAUGAACAUCACAAACAAACCUGGAUAGAAUUAAUUGAAAAUUACAGGAAAUCGCCUCUGCUAUGGGAUCGAAAGCACAAAGACCAUUCGAACAGGCGUCUGCGUAAGGAAGCCUUUGAAAAAUUGCUCAGAAUAUACAAAACCAUUGAUAGCAAAGCGACCUUGUUAAACUUUAUGAAUAAACUUGAUAUUAUGAGAAUUACAUACAACAGAGAGAGAAAAAGGAUGAACGCAUGUAAAGCAGAGGGAGUAAUUUACAGACCAAAUUUAUGGUAUUUCAAUAAUCUCAGUUUCCUUGAUAAGACGCUGGAGGUGCCAGAGGAGAAAAAAAGAUAUUUUCGCUUCAAUAGGUACAAUAACAAGAUAUAUUUGAAGACGUCCCCGUCGAAAAGAAAACGGGUUGAUAUUAAUAGUUCAAGUCGACCAAAAUCACAGACUGACGAAGUCAAAUCAGGAUACUAUCUAAAUAUAGAGCCUAUUCAGUCUUCUGAAAAGGAAAACGGCCAAAACACAUCACCGUCACUACCAAGGCAACUGCAUAUCAAGGUCCAAUCACCACGCAUCCAGAACACAUUUAGCUUGCAGGACUUGGAAAACAAAAACAGUCGAAUGUCCCCAGACAACCGACUCCGGGAUCUCCUGACAAAGCAAGAAAACUUUAUAGGCACUGUCAGCAAAUUGCUGACUAACGAACAAGAAGAUUGGGAGGUUAUAGGCAAAUCUAUAGGGCUUCAGUUGUCUUUUUUAGAAGAAAAACAAAGAACUAUUGCUAGGAAGUUGAUAAAUGAUGUAAUUUUCUUCGGGAGUAUGGACAAAUUGACCGUUGAGUCAUACAUUAAUGUGAAUGAAAAGAUGUCAGAUAAUGAUGAAGAACAUUUUAUAUGUUGAUUUGUCUAAUUAGGAAUUAUAUAAUAAUUAAAUAAAUAUAGUUUUGAUAU